AUCCUCACGUGGUCCAGGCCUCCCUGCAGCCAAUCAGAUCCCGGCGUUUAUUUCCCGCCUUUUCCAGUCCGAAGGCCAUGCUUCUUUCCAUGUGCCUGGUCCACGGCCUACGUUUCCCAGCUUGACUCGUAGACAUGAAUGAUGAUGGUAUGGAUGAAAGCAAUCCUGUCGACAGGCCUGACAAUAGGCCUAUUUCGUCGAGCGACGAGGCCCCUGAGGAACCAUCAGUGCACGCGAACGGAGAUGCUUCACACUCAGACCUGACUCAAAACGACUCCAUGCUCGAAGAAGCACCGGACCCCACUGACGAACCCAACGAACAGGAUGAAGAAGGAAUUCCCUCGCCCGAAGAAAGCACGGAGCGCAUCACCCGCCUCCCUCUUUCCCGGAUCAAGCACAUGAUCCGCACGGAUCCGGAUAUCCAGUUGGCCAGUCAGGAUGCUGUCUUUUUGGUCGCCAAGGCAACUGAGAUGUUUAUUGGUGUGCUGAUGAAGGAAACUUACAAUGUUACCAAACGAAGCAAGAAGAAAACUGUACAAAAGCAGCACAUGGAGGAGUCCAUCAAGACAUCCGAAUGCCUGGAAUUCCUCGAUGGUGCCCUAGAAGGCCUUUUAUAAAUGGUGACUUUCAGAUGAACUGUGAUAGCAUGACUGUAAAUCCUCAUCAGUACAGCAUACAGUGUGAACAAAGAGCCAAAUCCAUUCCUCUGCUGUGGUUCUGGAACACUUCUGUAGGGAUGGUGGUUAGAUACAAAUAAAAUAUGAAUUUCAUG